AUGUACGAUUUAAAGAUUUACUCGUCCCACAUCGUGACCGCCAUAAAGGACAAGAUUGUGUUUUUCUCCUGCGAUGGUGAUGUGCUGCAUGAGCUUACCAUACAGCAAAAGCUACCUCCACCAGAAGGCACCGCCGAAGAGCAAACCGGCAACAAACAAACUGGUAAACAACCUGCCCAACCAUCACCGGCACACGUUGUAACGUUCGAGCUGUGUCCGAGUGCAAAUGUUUUGGUUGUUUCAUUGAAUAAUAAAACGUUACAAUGCUAUAAAUUGCAUCAAGAUGAUGGGAAAUUGUCGUCCUCACUGUUAGGAGACAGUAUUCCCACGACGAGAACGAUCGUUUGCAUGAGGUUCGUUCCCAAGCAGAACGUACUGAUUGGAUCCGAUAAGAGUGACUGUUUCGAAUUUCAUGUGUUAAAUCAGCAGGAGCAUAAACCGAAAUGGAUUCUUGGCCACAUGAGCCAAAUAUUGGGCCUAGCGGUUAGCGAUGAUGAGCGGUUCAUAAUAACGUGCGACCGGGAUGAGAAAAUUAAAGUCAGCUCCUACCCGGACUGUCACAACAUCCAGUGCUUCUGUCUGGGACAUUUGGAGUACGUCGGAGGAAUUGAAGUAAUUCCCACGCAAAAGCUCCUAUCAGUAUCAGGUGAUCGGACGCUGCGGGUGUGGGAUUUUAGCGAAGGGAAGGAAAUUGGCCAACUUUCUCUUACGGAUCCGGCGGUUGGUUUAUCCGUGCAGUGUGUAAAGGAAGGUAGCGAAAUGCUGUGUGUGGUGAAGAGUUCGGUCCAGAACAAGAUCGACGUGGCUCUGGUGCGGUGCGAUGAACCCAAUGCUAGUGUCCUCUACGAUCCAUUAACGGUUGAUGACAGUUUGAUUGUGCUCAGUGUGGCUUUAAGCAGCUCUCUUCAGCUAGUGCUAUUGGUAAUGGAGAAGGAAAGUAAGCGAGCUAGAAUGUUGGCUUACGAUUUUUCUGUAGAGAAGCGACAAUUUACUCCGCGGGGCGAUCAUCCGUUGAUCAAGAACUUUGACGCUCAGUUCAACGAAGCAACGAUCGAACAGGCGCGGGAUUAUUCUACACUGUUUAAACACAGCAUCGAUAAUCUUUCGGAAUAUUUCGAGAGAAAGAAGCAAAAAAUUGAAUCGAAAAAAUCUAAAUAA